AUGCUGCAUCGUUUGUCUUCUGUCGCGCUAUCAUACGCGAGACCAGGAUAUCGGGAUGACCUUUAUCGCGCUCGCCGUGAUGAUCUACAAUCUCUUUACCCCGAUUUCUCUGGUCUAAUGCACGACUUGGCUUGCGAGCCUGUCUCUGAUUGA